AUGUCGAUUGUAGCAUUGGCAGAAGGGCAACAGUCGAGCGUUAGCCUCGACAUCCUCCACGAUGUUGCUGCCAAAAACAAUAUGAAGAUCUCGGUUAAGGAAGAUGAAGAAGCUUUCCUCCUAGUCCUCCAAUCCGCCGACGUGACGAUGUCUAGUGUCCACGACCUUCCUGACUACAUUGAUCCGCGACUUGAGCCAGUCUCUACGAUAGGAGGGAGACAAUACUGGAAAUCCAAAAGCAACAGUCACAAUGCAUGGAGUCACCAGGCAUCUCUUGUGGCGGAAAAGCCACUUUCAGAUGUCCUUAAAGGCCGUCAAAUUGUAAUGAAGGAUAAUAUGUCGGUGGGCGGGUUGCCGCACACCUGUGGAACCUUUCCUCAGCUUGUAUCAAAGGAUGGGAAGUAUCCCAUUGCGACCAUUGAUGCAACUGUGACACGACGUCUCUUGGAAGCAGGGGCCACAAUAGUUGGAACUUCGACUUGCGAGAAUUACUCUUUGACGCCCAUGUCCUAUACAUCUGCGAAUGGACCAGUUCAUAAUCCAUGGCUACGCGACCACAAUACCGGAGGUAGCACUAGCGGAGGAGCCUGUCUCCUUGCUCUCGGCAACGCCCGGGCUGCUGGUGUUCCAGAUUUGGACGAAGCUGGUCAAGACGUCGACCUUGUUAUGGGCGGCGACCAAGCGGGAAGUAUCCGCCUUCCAUCCUCGUAUUGUGGUGUUUAUGGUCUGAAGCCAACACACGGCCUAAUCCCUUAUACUGGAAUCGCGGGACUUCAUCCCAUGAUCGACUAUACUGGCCCGAUGGCGCGGAAGUUGGAAGACAUAGCCGCCUUGCUUACAGUGGUUGCUGGCUAUGAUGGACUCGAUCCAAGAAUGACUCCCGAGUCUCCACUCCGACAAAAUGUUCUUGACUAUGCGAAGGAACUUUCCACGGCGUCGGAUCCUGGUAAAGGUCUAAAGGUCGGCAUCAUCAAAGAGUCUCUUACUUCAGGUGGAACUCAAGCGGAAGUUGCAGAGGUUGUGAAAUCCGCAGCAUUCAAGCAUUUUGGAGCAAGCGGAGCGACAGUAUCCGAAGUCUCAGUUCCAUUUCAUCUCCUCGGACCGGCUAUCUGGACCGCAGCUACAAGGUCUCAUCUCGCGGGGUUGGCCAUCGGCGGAAGAAUUCCUGAUGUGCUAAGCCACAACAUCCCCCACCUGAACUUGAGGUGGCCACCAGACCAGGAGAUGUAUGAUCUCCUGUCGGUCUCUAAUCCCGCGGUGAUCAACAUCAUCUUCUGUGAGACUUUCUUGAAGGAGAAGUUCGGCCCUGAGGUUCAAGCCAAGGCUCACCGGCAUGUGCUAGAACUGAGGGCGGCGUACGACAAGGCUUUGGAGGAGUACGAUGUUCUCAUCACGCCUACUGCCCCGACCGUUGCCCUGCCACAUCCUGAUCUGCGGCCUGCAGCAGAAGGUGGGAGCACCGUCAUGGACAAGAUCAAGUUGGCGGUGGGCGCAACAAACAACACUGCACCAUUCAAUACUUCUGGUCAUCCGGCACUCAAUGUUCCUUGUGGUUGGGCGAGUUCACGGACUGGCAAGGGGAUGCUUCCUGUGGGAAUGCAAGUCAUCGGCAAGAGGUGGGAUGAUAUCGGUGUGCUGAAAGCAGCCAAGGCUUUCGAGCUUGGAGGAGGGGGUCUAGGGCCAUGGCCAGGCCAGAAGCAGUCAUAG